UGACCAAGCAGGAAUCACUUAGCAAAUUCAGCUGGCUGUGCUUCCUUCCGCAUGUCACCGUGUGUUAGUUUUAAUAACGUAUCUCUGCUGUGUGUGCGUUUAGUGCGAAUCAUAUCGAUGCAACUGUCUUGCAUUAGUUACUUGUUUUAAAAAACGUUUUUUAUUGCUUUAUGGUUGAACUUUUUUUUAGUAUUAUUAUUAUUAUUUUAGAAAACCUGAAUCUUCCUGGAACAUGUUGCCUGUACUUGCCAAACCGAAUGUGUGCAUCCGAGACCGGAAGAGGGUGGAAGAAAUUAUCCUCUCCCUUCAGAAUGGAGGAGCCAGCAAACUGCAGAUUAUUUCCGACUUUGAUAUGACCUUGACCAGGUUUGCUCACAAUGGAAAGCGCUGCCCCACCAGUCACAAUAUCGUGGAUACAAGCCGGUUGAUCAGUGAAGACUGUAAAAAGAUGCUUAAAGAUCUUUUGGAUACCUACUAUCCUAUUGAAAUAGACCCAAGUCGUUCUGUAGCAGAGAAGUUACCGUUAAUGGUUGAAUGGUGGACAAAAGCCCAUGGCUGCCUGGUAGAGCAGAAGAUUCGAAAGGACCAGCUUGAGAUGGCAGUGAGGGAGUCGGACGCGAUGCUCAGAGACGGGUUCAAGCCUUUCUUUGACAAGCUUUACGAGCACAGCAUUCCUCUGGUGAUCUUCUCCGCGGGGAUCGGGGAUGUCUUAGAGGAGAUCAUCCGCCAGGCCGGAGUCUUUCACCCCAACGUCAAGGUGGUCUCCAACUACAUGGACUUCGAUGAGAACGGUGUUCUGCGGGCGUUCAAAGGGGAGCUGAUCCACACCUAUAACAAGCGGGAGGGGGCGCUGAAGAACUCCGGGCUCUUCAACCAGCAGACAGAAAGCCGCAACAUCAUCCUGCUGGGAGACUCCAUGGGGGACCUCAGCAUGGCGGACGGGGUGGAGAACACAGAGAACAUCCUCAAGAUUGGAUUCCUCAACGACAAGGUGGAGGAGCGAAGGGAACAGUAUUUAAACUCCUACGACAUUGUGCUGGUGAAGGACGAAUCCAUGGAUGUCGUGAACGGUAUCCUGCAGCACAUCAUUGCCAAGAACUGAGGAGCGAGCCAGGAAAGUACUGGGUGUGCAAACGCUCGCUGUGCACCACGACGCACGCCUCCAUACCCCCAGCAUGCCUCGUCUAAACCGUACACCAGACACCAUUUGUUUCAUUAUCAGCUUGUUUAAUUCACCGCCGGUCAGGAAUGGGAAUGGCGGCUUUUUUAAAUAAAUAAAUAGUGUUGUUUUUUUUUCGUGUGUUAAUAAGAAAACUGUGGUAAAGGGGAAGUAUGCGCCACCACCCUUAACUGUUUGGAGGCCAGUAUGUGAUUAUUUUUUCAAUAUAGUUGUUUGUCUUUUAAGUAAUUGCCAGCAGUUUAUUUAUUAAUGUUAAGCUGUUACGCACAUUUUUUUUUAAAACCUGUACUAAACGUAUUUCUUUGUAGCCAUACAGUUGUGUGCAAGUGCCGGAACACCACAAGCUUUGUCAUUUAUAUCCUUUAUAUACCUACCUGCAUGCAAACCUCUGGGCAUGAGAAUUUUGGUCAGUAAUCGAUGAUAUAGAAACAGUAGACACUGGUGUGGAAAUGCUAGACCACUUUGUACUUAAGUACCUUAAAUCUCUAAAAUCUCAUGUGGCUCUUUGUUACUUUUCUCUUACUAUUUUACAUUAGUUGCAUGUCUGGCCUAUUAAAGUCAUUAGUUAAAUUAGACAGUUGCUAAUUUGUCUUUUUUGACAAUUUUUCCAAUAUUUACCGUUGCAUAUGAAAAACUACAGAAGCAAUGGGGCGUUCUAAAAAGUGUGCACACUGCUGUAUAUUAUGUAGAAUAAGCUUGGGUAGUUGUUUGGUUUAUUUAAAAGGGAGCAGUUUUGAGGUUUGUGUGUGUGUUCUGCUCGGCAGUAGCAUGUGACACUGGACGCGUUAAGUAAGUGAGUCACUCUGAGCAGCUCCAUGAAAGAACCCACUUCAUGGCACGCUGAGUUCCGCUCCCCCCGAGCAGCUCAGAGCUGCAGAGCGGAUUUCACCAGCGGUCCGAGUGAACUGAACAAUUCUCGCUGAGCAACUCAGUUACUUAACACACCCUCUGUGUAUUUUUUCACUUUGUUAUGGCUUUGCAUGUUGGAACAUUGGAGAAGUGUGGUUUUUCAAGUUAUCUGCAUCAUACCAGUACAUUCUCAAAAGCACUUGCGUUUCGUGAAGCACUGCAUUUUGCAGGCAGUAUGUACAUGUGUUAUUUUUACAAUAGGUAAUGUCUACCAAGUUUACAUUGUAAAACAUUUUAAAAUAAAAAAAUAGGAAAUAGAACACUUUUUAAAGCCAUUUAAAAAAAAAAAAAAAAAAUCAUGUACACCUCUUUGUGACGGUUUUUAUUUAUUUAUUUUUUUAAAAAAGUACAUUGGGAGAGAAAUUGUAAAGCUGACAAUAUCCGAUAAUUGAAGAACUGUUAUCGACGAAUGUAUUUCCCUUUCAUAUUCCAUGUUCAACUUCUCUAACCAGAGCGCUCCAGUAACUGUUCCUAUGUAUACCAUGUGUGGGGGGAAUUAUGUAAUCCAUUAAGCACAAAAUACAUUUUCUUUGGGG